AUGGAGACAAUCGAUCAAGGAUCAAUGCUGAAUGUCGACAUUCCUGUGGUGAAACUUGACAUGACCAUAGACACGGAGCCUGUAGCGUGGCUACCCAGUGAGCCAGUGUGUGAUGCCACAGACUUCACUUUACUAGACGUUGCUCCUGUGAACACCUCAGUCACACAGCCUGAAUUUGAGACACUGAUGCCAUAUGAGCCUGAACCUGAAGUUGAAGGACCUCACAGCGCUUUCAUGCUCUUCAUGCGUGAGUGGAGGGAACGCGUCAUGAAUGAGUUUGGUGUGGACGACAGCGAGAUUGUGAAGACCAUUCUGAAAGACCAGUGGGAUGAUCUACCCGCGGAGGAACAGGCCACGUACUAUGAGCUGGCUAAAGGAGAAAACAUCCUCCACUCCCAGCAGCAUCCCGACUGGUCAGCCAAAGAAAACUAUCAAAAAAGCGAACAAGGUCAAGCUGUUGGAUGUAAGCGGAAAGGAGACGAAAUCCAGGGUGCUGAAUGUAAGAGGAAAAGACAAGAGAUGAACUGGGUCACCCUGAACCAGCAGGACAUUAAGUGGUUAGCCUGUGCUCAGCUGCAGUUGGACCCUUUGGCUGGGGAUGAAGAAUCUGAAGAACCGUCACAUUCCAAGAAGCCUUGUUUGAUGUCAGGAUACGAGGACAGACAGGAGACGCAGCAAAAAGGAGAAGAAAGUCAAGCUGUUGGAUGUAAGUGGAAAGGAGACGAAAUCCAGGGUGCUGAAUGUAAGAGGAAAAGACAAGAGAUGAACUGGGUCACCCUGAACCAGCAGGACAUUAAGUGGUUAGCCUGUGCUCAGCAGCAGUUCGACCCUUUGGCUGGGGAUGAAGCUCCUGCAGCGGCGCCUCAGCCGCAGACAUCAUAUGUUAAAAAGCCAGCGAACGCCUUCAUGAUCUUCAGGAGGGAGGAGAAAGACCGCAUCAUGGCACAGCAUAAAUGCAAAGAUAGCUGCCACGUGAAUAAGAUUCUGGGAGAGCUGUGGAAAAAUAUGACACGGGAGGAAAAAUCCAGAUACUUUGAAAAGGCCAAAGCAGAAAAGCUCCUCCACUCCCAGCUGCACCCCCACUGGACGUUCAAAGACAGCUACGGUAAGAAGACAAAGAAGAAGAAGAACAGGACCACCGAGCCACCCAGCAGGCUGUAAGGCAGCGGUGCCCAAAGUGUUCUAGAAAGGGCCAAGAGGGGGCAGGUUUUCUAUGCAGCACUGACUCCAGCAGAUGAUUUCACUAAUGAAUUCAUCCCAUCUGCUCAAAGUGAUGUUCAUCUAUGAAAAGCGUCUCUGAAACAAUAAAGUGCCAUUUUUGGCACCACAUUGGCCCCUCUGAAGCUCAACAUGGAAAUUAUACAGUAU